UGGACAAAAUUAAUAGCGCGUUCAAUGCACUGGGUUUUAACAAGCGUGAACUCGUGACCGCCUCUUUUACAACGACGGACCAAAACCAAAUUAUUACACAAGUCAUCAACAACUGAACAGGAAACAGAUCUAAAAUCCUCAACUCUCCGAUCUCUCCGCCUCCGCUAAUUUCUCUACUCCUUUAUUACACCCCCAAUACAUCCGUACAAAGUUGAUGGCUACGAGAGUCAAAGCAAGAUCAGAGUUGAUACCUUACCUCGUAUUCAUAAUCUAUGUAAUCACAAGCUUUGGUGGAGCAGUUUGGCUAGAAGUACCCAGCACGGGAACUAAGUGUGUUUCUGAGGAUAUCAAGCAAAACGUCGUCGUUAUUGCCGAUUUCUCCGUCGUCAAUGAUGAUUCUAAUCCCCAUAAUACCUUUAACAUCGCUGCCAGGGUAACUUCUCCAUAUGGGAAUAAUCUCUAUCACCAAGAAAAUGUGACUCAUGGUCAAUUUGCAUUUACAACUACCGAGGCUGGAAAUUACUUGGCAUGUUUCUGGAUUGAUGAAAGCCACAAAGCAACUACUGGUGUAAGCGUUAGUCUGGACUGGAGGACUGGGAUUGCUGCAAAGGAUUGGGAGUCGGUAGCAAGAAAGGAAAAACUUGAGGGUGUUGAACUGGAGUUAAGGAAACUUGAAGGUGCAAUUGAUGCCAUCCAUCAAAAUCUGAUCUAUCUCAAGUCUAGGGAAGCAGACAUGAGGGAAGUGAGUGAAAUAACCAAUGGCAGGGUGGCUUGGUACAGUAUAAUGUCAAUCGGUGUAUGCAUUGCUGUUUCAGUUAUGCAAGUAUUUCACCUCAAGCGCUACUUCAGGAAAAAGAAGCUCAUCUAGAUCUUUUCACAGCCCCCCUAUAACAGAACCAUGCAACAUCAAGAAACUAAAGAAAUCACGCACAUCUAGAGAUUCAGGCAAUCAGACUUAACACGACCUUUUUUGUACAAUAGCCCUGUGUCUUGUCUUCGUCAUACAACUAUAUACUUCCAGAUGAGUAGACGAUAGUGAAAAAGGGGAAUCUAGUGAUUGUUUUACGCUGGACUCAUUAUAGUCAGUCUUCGUAUCUGAUUUUCUUUGUAUCUGUAUGGAUGCAUAGUAUUUUUCAAUUAUGUCAUCAUACUUCUUGGAAAGGUUUCCUUUUCAGCUUC